AUGGCCCAUGAUGUACAGCCAUUUGAACAUAACAUUAAACAUUUAAUGGUGAACAAGGCUGCUACUGGUUCGGAUGCUUCCAAAUUGCCGGUUACAAGUCGUAGACUAUCCUCCAUAAGACCGGCAAGAGAUUUAACAUUGGGCGGAGUUCCAAAGAAAACUUUUACGCCGGUGAUACCUUCCAGAAACAAUGAAAGAGCUACGAAAUCCGCGAAUGCAUCUAAUACUAGCCCUCCAAAAAAGAAAUCCUUAAGGAAAAGACCACGUUGUCCAAAGAGACACACUUUCAAUGAAAAUACCCGCACUCUACCCAUACAAUUACCACUUUCAAGGUGUCGAAAAGGGAAAGAAAAAAGUAUUUUAGUGAAGCAAGAAGAUUCCGCGACAAAAUCAAAGCUAACCGACGAUAUCACUCCUGCACAAAUUUUAGUGAAAGAGUCCACAAAAUGCGAUAAUGGUAGUCUGCUAUUAAUCCAACUGCCUGAUAUGUUACCAUUAAUCGCCCAAGCAAGUCCGAGUGAGGAUACAACGGAAGAAAAUAAAACUAAUCUUUCAAGCCUUCGAAAUGCAAAGGAUGGGUUGAUUGGCAAGCUGCAAAUUCAUCGAUCAGGAAAAACUAGUCUGGUAAUUGGAAAUAUACCUUACAAGCUGAGAUCCGGAACAAGAUGCGAUUUCUUGCAGGAUCUAGCAUCAAUAAAAGCUAUGGAAAAUGAUGGCUAUGUAAUCAAUCUAGGCCCAAUUAAACAUAGACUGGUUUGCACUCCGGACGUUGAAAAAUUGCUAAAAUCAUUACCUUAACGACAAAAUAAUAGCAAAUACAUAUAUCGAAUUUCUGUCAUCUUUAUCAACCAAAGUUACUUCCAUCUCACAAAUGACUAUUUUUAAUUAGCGAUUUUGAUAGUGAUGCCAUUGAAUUAUUUAUUUUAUUAAUUAACCAACAUCAAUUUCCAGAAGAGAUUCUUUUAAAAUAAUUGUUCUUCUCAGUUGUAAGAAUACAAGUCAUUUAAAAAUUAUUUGAAAAUUGUUUGUAAAUCAAAUACAUUGAUACGAUUAUUAAAUUAAGUUAAUAUUUUGUUCUUUGCAAGAUCUGUCAUAUAUAAUUGCAUUUGAUCAAAAUAUUAC